AUGACGCUGAUACCCCUAUGGGUUUUGUUCGGGUCAUUUGUAGUUUUGAUGGCAGUGAAAAAUUAUGACAGAUUUGCCGGAAUUUCCACUUUAGCUCAAGAGGAUCUGGUCACAUACCUCCCUGGUAUAGCUAAGCAACCUGGGUUUCGGCAUUAUUCUGGAUAUUUGAGUGGCACAACCGAGAACACACAACAUCACUACUGGCUAGUUGAAGCGGAAGAAUUUCCUGAAAAAAAGCCUUUGAUACUCUGGUUGAAUGGUGGCCCUGGAUGCUCGUCAAUGUUAGGGCUUAUGACAGAAAACGGACCCUUUCGUGUACAACGAAACGGAUUGCUGGAUUACAAUCCAUAUUCAUGGAACAAGUUUGCCAAUGUACUGUAUUUGGAGUCUCCAGGAGGUGUCGGAUUUUCCUAUGUGAAGGACGGAAACAUGACUACGGACGACGAUGUGACGUCACUAACAAACUAUCACGCGAUGCUGAGUUUUAUGAAGAAGUUUCCAAAGUACAAAGGCCGUGACUUUUACAUUACGGGAGAAAGUUACGCCGGUGUCUACGUUCCAUUGUUGGCUGUACGUUUUCUGGAAAACAACUUCAAGGACCUGAGUCUGAAAGGCAUCGCUGUAGGAAAUGGUGUUCCCAAUAGAAUUUUUAAAGAAAACGCCAUGCUCUACUUUAAUUAUUACCACGGUUUGCUUGACCAGAGUACACCGUCUUUGAAGGAUUCUCGCAAGCAAGAAGUUUGUCAAUGUGUGUGUGUUGCCUCUGCUUAUGAUCCAACCAAACGUAGCUCUGACAUCAUCAAAGAAAAGACUUAUGGCUCCGUGAAUACCCUAUUGUGGCAAGCUAAAACCUCAGACAUUGCUGUGGUUGCCGAGGAUCUGAAUGCACACCUGAGCAGGUUUAGCGCAUCUGGGACUCAACAAGUAUUGAGUUGGACUAGAUGCGGUACUCUUUGGGAUGACCUACUCGCCAGCUGCUGUAUUGGUCAGUGUGCAAACAAAUGCAUGUUUACUGAAAACAAAUCUAUUCAGUGCAUGAAUGUGGUCGCUGCGGUAGUCAGUGCUACCGAUGGUCUGAACGUCUACAACAUUUAUGCCCCAUGUGAGGGCGGUGUUCAGUCUCCUAGUUGGAGAGUUUUCAACCCCGGCAGAUCAUUUCGCCCUGUCUCGGAGAGACAAUAUUUGUUCAACGAUAACAUCUUUCUGAAACAAACAAGGAAAAUGCAGCAGUUGAGCAGCCGGUUUGUAGCCUCCUGCAUUGAUGAUACAAAUCUUCUGGUUUACUUCAACAAUCCUAAGGUCAGACAAGCACUGCAUGUGGAUCUUAUUGAAGUGCCCUUCUGGGACACUUGCAAUCAAUUCGUGAUGGAUACUUACGGACAUAUACACAAGGCGUUACAACCGCAGUACUUGAAUAUCCUUGAAAACAAAGUUCGCACACUUCUAUACGUUGGAGAUGUUGAUGGUGACUGCACUUUUCUUGAACAUCUCUGGUUUGUUGAGGAUCUUGGGCUGAAGAUGCCAGAACCGUUGAAGCAAUGGCUUUAUUUUGAAAAUGAUGGGACGACGCAAGUUGGUGGCGUCCAGAAGGUUCUCUAUCAUAACGACACACCGUUAUGGUAUGUUACAGUUCGUGGGUCUGGACAUAUGGUGCCCCAUGACAAACCUGUUCAAGCUUUCCAUAUUCUUACUAGGUUCAUUCAGGGACUUCCUCUUUAA